AUGUCUCAUUUAAAACCUCAACUCCCAGUAGUAGAGCCAACUUACGAUCCUAGUCGUCCAUUCCCAGAUGUUCAACUACUUCACAAGAAUGCCAUUCUUAACUGCCCUGGAAUGACCAUGGUUGCCCUCCAAGUCUCUUUCGCACCAAACGGCUCCACACCACCUCAUAGCCACGCCGGUGCUUUCCUCGUGGCCCACGUCAUCUCAGGAUAUCUUUUCAACAAGAUGAACGACGAUCCGAUGACAAUCCACGGACCAGGGGAUAGUUUCAAGGAGAAUCCAGGGUGUAGACACAGCAUCAAUGACAAUGCUAGCGCAACGGAACCAGCAACGCUAGUCGUAACCAUGAUCGUAGAGACGAAAGUCGUGGAGGAAGUUGGGAUUGCAGGGUUAGUUGUCAUUGAUGAAGAGUACAGGGCAAUGGUCCAGGAGAGGCAAAGCGGAAAGAUUUAGCGGAAGUUGGUGGGAAAAUUGGUGG